AUGGAGCAGAACCGCCUCCCCAGCUGUUGCCAUGACAACAGCGAAACGAUCCCGGCGCAUUCCCCGCUGUCUGGCCCGCGGUUACCAGGCAACAGCUACACAAAUCCAGGAAAACAUCCGGAGGAGACCAUCGAUCGUCCCUCCGAUCGGCCGAACGUGGAGCGAACUGCAGGACGAGUUUCCUCAGAACUCCUGGACGGUGCAUCCACUGACACCAUGACGACAUGCUCACUUCCGGUGUUAGUAGACGGCAGCGGUUCUCGACCAAAUGUCAAAGCGGAAAACGGAAUAAGAAACGUUUUUGUAACACAGUCGGUGGACAACAGUCAUAGAAAGGAAGAACAUGUGAGCCAGACACCUGCAGCAACAGAGACUUCGAGCAGACUUCGAGAGGCAGGAGUGUACACUUUGCAAAAGAGCCUGGUUCUGAAGAAACAGGCCGAGUUGAGCGAAGUGGACAAGCGACUCGCACUCAAACGGCAAGAAUUUAAGGAGAGUGUGGAGGCUCUGGCACAGAGAAGGUCUGAGCUGGAGGAGAAACAACAGCAGACUAAAGAAAAAGUGAUGAAAUUUGAGAAGUUUGUGGCUGAAAAUGAACUGAAACGACGUCGAAUGCUGAAGACGUGUGAAGCAACACGGGAGCAGAACAUUUUGAAAAAGAGAGAGAUAGAAGAUUUGACAGAACAACUGAAACACCUUAGAGUCAGAAAGCAAGUAUUAAAGGAGAGAAUGACAAAAUACAAAAUCUAUGAGGACUACUUGAUGAAAACACUGGAAAACCUCCCAGGCAAUUACCUUGAUAACGGGUCUGAAUCUCUGGUUAUGCCCAUCAUCCGCCGCCAUGAGACUCUGUCCAUCACCCACCAGGAGCUGCUGCAGCGUUUUGGCCGGAUGGAGGAGCAGGUGGAGCAGGGCCACCGGCAGCUGCAGAACAUGAAGCAGGAGCACAGCAUAAAGAAGCUGAUGGCCAGGAAAGAAGUGUCUGAACUCCAGAGUGAGUUAGAAACCCUGAAGGAGAAGAACAAGCAGACAGAGGUUAACUUAAUGACGGAGCAGGGCCUAUCCAGAGAGAAGACUGAGGAAGUGGGCAGAUUACUUAUGGCCGUCAACAACCUUGCAGAGCAGUGUUACAUGCCGACAUAUGGACCACUGGAGAGCAUGAAUGUGUUGACAAUGAUGGACAUGGUGAAGGAGUGCAUUCUGGACAAGGCGGACACUCACAGGAGAGUGAGGAGGCUGAUGGAGUCAGGUUCUGCAAUGGCAAGUACGACGGCUGUGACAGACAAAAGAGGAAGAGGAUCUUUGAAAGGCAUUGGAAGUAAAACACAAAUCAAAAGUUCAAGCAAAGUCAGUAGGAAGAGCGAGGCAUUUAGCUGAUGUUGUGGUUUUAGUUGGUAUCACAGUGUUGGCUCUGACAGUCAUUUCACACGGCUGUGUCUUGACAGAGAAACGUUGAUUUUUAGAUUGAUAUGAAUGUUGAUUUGAAACAGCUGUGCAGCAAAUAUUGCACUUAACCCUCAUGUUGUCCUGGGGGUCAAAAUUGACCCAUUUUAGUUUGAAAAUGUGGAGAAAAAAAUAAUAUUUUUACAAUGAAACUUCUGAUGUCCACAUUUUCAACAUUUUUGGGAGAUCUUUGAACAUUUUUGGUGGAAAAAAAGAAAUGUAAAAUGUUUCUUAAGAACAUUCACCAAAAAAUAGUUUUUUUUGGUGAAUGUUCUUAAAGAAAAUAUUAAAAGUUUUACUGAUAUAUAUAUAUAAUCACUUUAGAUAUUUGUUGGAUUUUUUUGGAAGAUUUUUACUCAUUUUUCUAAAAUAAUUACAAGAAUUGUCUUGCCAAAUUUGGGGGAUUUGUUUUAAAAUAGAACUUUUAAGGAAUUAUUGAAAUUUUCAUCCUGAAGGUUUUCCAAAUUUUCAGAACUUUGGGAAUUUUUUUGCUGAAUUUUCAGAUUUUUUCAGACAAGGAAACAAUAUUUUUGGUGCCUGUAAAUGAGGACAACAGGAGGGUUAAGAUGUCAAAUACAGACAGUGAACUGAAUCCAAAUGAGUAAGAGCUUUGCAAAUGGUUAUCACUGGAAUCACUGUUUGAUUUUAAAAUAAAAUGUUCACAAUUAAAUGAUGUUAUCAGAAAGUACUUAUCAAGACCUAAUAUGCAAAGAUAUGCAUGCAGUUUCCUCAUGUAUUCAAAUUGUACAUACAGCAAUGAGAAACAGACAAUAAAUAUUUGAAAUGA